CUUGCCUGCCUUCCACUCAGAACAAAGCCACGAGAGAGAAAGAGAGAGAGAGAGAGAGAGGAGGGGAGAAAUGUCUCGCUGACUCUGUCGCCCGGACGACCAGCGGCGACGAGAGGAGAGCGGCGAGAAACGCCAGUGCAAAAAAAUGCAAAACAUAGGGAAAGCCAAAUAUUUUUCUUGUAGGAGUUGGAGUGUUGGUGGCUAUGCUUGAUGACUCAUGACUAUAAGCGUCACCUUUCAGGAGAAGCAGGAGGGGAUGAUACCCCAAAGCGCACAUUGCGUGUGGACCCAGAAGGCCUGAACGGACCCCGAGUUCCCCCUCGCCCCCUCCCAUCAGCCUCAUACAACAAGGAUGGACGCGGACGACGAGGCGCUGUUGUUUCACACAACCCGGGGAGUAGAGGAGGAGGAAGAGCAGGUGGAGGUGGCGACGGUUGGAGGUUUGAGGCACGCGGUGAUAGGCGGGCCGUGGAGGCUUGUGGCCUGGGUCUACACGCGGCCCUGGGCCAGCGGGGCCGUCCUCGGGGGGUUUCUGGUCCUGCCCUGCGCCUUGUUUGCCUUCAUGCUCCUCUACUGGCCGCCUCUGGACAUCGACCUCUCCUACGGUGCCUUCGAAGUGCACAGUCACUUCUCUGCCGAGCGUUUCGACGCCCUCGCCGUUGCGUUGAAGACCCAGCUGGGCUCCUGGGACAGACGCAAGAGGGACUCGGAGGGCGGCGAGGCCGAGGCUCUGGGGGAGCAACCGAAGGAGAACCCGGUCAACAACGGGACACUUGACGACGCCCCCGAGACGGCUGCGGGCCAUCAAGCGUCAGCCCGCCGCGGACGGCGCUCGACCCCCGACUACUACCUCCAGAGUCAGGCCUUGUGGAGGAUCGAGCUGGUGUUCGUGGCUCAGGGCGAGGGCGACGGCAACAUCUUCACUCCCGAGCGCCUGCGCACCAUCCACGAGGUGGAGCGUCUCCUCAUGCGGCACCCGCAAUUCCCUCAGUUUUGCUGGAAGCCCGUGGAGGUGCUGAAGGACCUCCCGCUGGGGCCCUUGUACUGCUCCCCGCCCAGCUCGCUCCUGUCAUACCUCUACCCCAGCGAGCGAGGUGGGAAGAUCUACUACGACGGCAUGGGUCCAGAUCUGGCCGACAUACAAGGUUCGUUGAGUCUGGCCAUCACCCACCCUCAGUUCUACUGGUACGUGGAUGAGAGUCUCUCCCCCGAUCACCUCUCCUCCUCCCUCCUGCGAAGCGAAAUCCACUUCGGCGCCCCUCUCCCAUCCUACUACUCCGUGCAGGACCGAGCCGACGAGCAGAGGAGCCACUUCAAGGACUUUGCGGUGCAGUAUGCCGAAAUCCUGGCCAAGCAAUCCACCAGCCAAGUGAAGGUUCUCUACGGGGGAACGGAGCUGUUUGACCAUGAAGUGAGGCACACCUUCAGGAACGAUAUGAUGCUGGCAGUCAUCAGCGGGGUCUGCAUUAGCGUGCUGGUCUACGUCCUGACCUCUUUCUCUGCCUUUUUGACCUUCUUCGGGUUGGCCAGCAUCGGUGUGAGUUGCCUGAUGGCUCUUUUCUUGUACCACGUGGCGUUCGGCGUCAGGUACCUCGGGAUUCUCAACGGAGUGGCCGCCUUCGUCAUUAUCGGAAUCGGGGUGGAUGAUGUGUUUGUGUUCAUCAACACCUUCAGACAGGCGGCCCAUCUCGGCCAUCCGCGGCGGCGUAUGGUCUACACCGUCAAGACGGCCGGCCGAGCCACUUUCUUCACCUCCUUCACCACGGCGGCCGCCUACGCCGCCAACGCCCUCUCCGAGAUCCCAGCGGUGCGCGACUUUGGCCUGUUCAUGGCCCUCAUUGUCAGCUGCUGCUGGCUUUGGGUUUGCAUCCUGAUGCCGGCCGCCUUGUGUAUCUGGACGCGGAGCGUGGAGCCGCACGAGAACGACGAGUUCCGCUGCUGCAAAUCGUUUGGGGGCUUGUCACCGAGCCACGGCCCUCUGUCGGACGACGACGACGACGUGGCCCUGCUGUCGCUGGAAACUGAGCCAGAUCUCCUAGAGGCAGACAGCGACGCGGCCGUUCUUUCCCUGUCGGUGGAGGCACCGCUGAACCCCGCAGGGCACCGGCACCAAGGUGUGGUUAGCGCAAAACUCCAGCGGGCCCUCCAGCGUUUCGUGGUCCGGCCAGCUGUGGAAAGGAGGAAAACUGUUCUAGGCGUCUUCCUCGUCCUCUUGCUGGUGUCCGCGGGCUGUUGCUGCCUGCUGAGGCCAGCCUCCCGCGCCCCCUUACUCUUCCGCCAGGACACCAACCUCCAGACUCUUCUGGCUCUCAGGAGCAACCUCAGCAGUCAAGGUAUCUCCUGCCCCAUGUGCUCAGGGGUGUUCAUGGAGAAGCCGCACUCUUUGUCCCGUCACGCGUCCUCGUCAACAUUCGGGAUGUCCGCGCAUGAGCCGUCCAACAGCGCAGCAGCAGCCGCCUCAAUGGCGCCUCCAAACGCAGCACAGCAAAAUGCGACCAGCAACCAAACAGGCUCCUUACUCACGGUCUUCAUAUCAAAGUUGGAGGCGAGAAGCUCGGACAGCGUUUACCGCUUCUCCCUUAACGCCAGUACUCCUUCCCCGUGGACACUGUGCAGCACAGAGCGCGAGCAGGUGUCUUCAUUUCAGGCCUUCAAUCAUCCGUGGCUCAACUACACCAAAAGAAUGACGGUGUGCGUCUCCCACGACUACUACCCGUAUCCUGGCUGGAUGAUCACGUCUGGAUCCUGUGACCGCCGCCACAGCUGGAUGCCUGAAUUUUUAUUUUAUGUGGCGGCAUCGGCGCAGCAGCACAGCAGGAAACUGCAUUUUGCCCAGCACAAACUGCGGCCUCAUCCGACCCGCGUGUGCGUCAGCCCGCCCGGCUGCGGCGUCAGCGGCACCCCCGACGGACCCACGCGGGGAACCUUUUACGCUCCUCUUCCCAGAGAUUCCGCCUCCGCGGCGCCCGAGAAAGCAUCCAAGAUGUUUGGCUUCAACCCGUGCGCGGGCGGCGCCUGCGGCCGGCCGGCCGUGCGUCCUCUGGUCGACACGGGCGCCAUGGUCUUCGUGGUCUUUGGCAUCUUGGGAGUUAAUCGGACGCAGCGUCGAGGCAAUCAUGUCAUUGGAGACAUUGGCAACGUCAUAUUGGAUCCCGACUUUGACAUUUUCCAGGAAAUGGGACACUUGUGCAAGAUUUGCAAAGCCGUGAGUGCAAAUAAACAACUCGUGAAGCCCGGAGGAGCGCAGUGCUUGCCUUCAGGUCACAAGUUGUCCUCCGUCCUGCCUCUGCUGCAUCCGGAAUGUCACGCUCUGCCCGAGCCCAACCUGCUCCCGGGCCAGCUCUCCCACGGGGCGGUGGGAACACACGCCGGGAAGGUCCGAUGGAUCUCCAUGGCCUUUGAGUCGACCACGUACAAGGGCAAGUCCUCCUUCCAGACCUACUCCGACUUCUUGCGGUGGGAGACCUUCAUCCAGGAGCAACUCUCGGCUCUUCCGCCGUCUUCGGCCUUGAGGCGAGGCUUUCAGACCUGUGAGCACUGGAAGCAGAUCUUCAUGGAGAUCAUAGGUGUUGAGAGCGCCCUCUGGAGUCUGCUGCUGUCCCUGCUUAUCUGCGUGGCCGCCGUCUCGGUUUUUACCGCUCAUCUUUUCCUACUGCUUCCAGUCCUCGUCACCAUCCUGGGAGUGAUCUGCGUGGUGGGCGCGGCCAUGUACUGGUUGGGCUGGGAGUUGGGAGCGGUGGAGGCCAUUUCUCUGUCCAUCCUGGUGGGAUCAUCCGUGGAUUACUGUCUGCACCUGGUGGAAGGGUACAUGCUGGCCGGGGAGACGACACCUCCGGCUGCGGGGCUCGGCUGCGAGGCUGCGGCUCGGAGGCAGAGACGCAGCGUGGAGGCAGUCAACCAUGUGGGUGUUGCCAUAGUGUCCAGCGCUGUUACCACGGUGAUCUCCACGCUCCCCCUCUUCUUCUGUGUCAUCGUGCCUUUCGCCAAGUUCGGCCAAAUCGUGGCCAUUAACACCGCCGUCUCCAUUUUGUUCACCUUGACCGUGACCGUGGCCACGCUGGCCAGCGUGGCGCCUGCCGACUUCAGCCGGACGCCCGGCGGCGUGCUGAAAGCCGCCGCUGCUGCGCUGGCGUUGGCGAGCGCCGGCGGGGCCUCGUGGUGGGCGUUGGGCCGCGCGGGUUUGCCGGCGACCUGGCUGGCUGACGGUGUGCAUACGUGAUGAUGUCAUCGAGCAGUGAGUCUUCUUCAAGUACAGAUGAGUUGGAUUUAAAUUUCAGAUUGAAUCUUUACUUGUUCAUUCAUAUACAUGCUUUAUUGAACUUUUAUGUGCCGUACGUUUUAAUGAUUCGUUUAGUUUCUUUUUUUUUUGUCGUUAUUGAAGGCAGUGUUUGUGCUCUAAAUGCUUUAUGUGACUAUGGCUUUUCAUAAUGUUAAAUGUACUUUUUAGGGAUGAAAUCCUUGCCUUGUUUUUUGACACACACUUAGGCCUACUAGGCUACUGUAUUUUAUGAUGUUGGUACCUGGAGAGCAGUGAUGCGUCUUUAUUUUUAAGUGCUGCUUUGUGUCAAAAGUUUGAGAACCACUGUCACAGAGGACUUCUCAUACGAACACUUGUUUGCACUCAGAUCAGCUUUAAGUACAGGUUCCACCCCCACGCCCCCCCC